GGAAGGGUUGUCACGAAAACAGUCACUUUUACGGGUGACAGGGGCAAAGCAUUGUAUGCAAGUCCCACGACCGUAGCCGAAAUGGCCGAAUACAGCCAAACAGGCAUACUUACGGCACUAUUGUUUUUUACUGUUGUCACACUCCGAGACAUAUACCUCGGAAGAACCAUGACUCAACACCAUCAAGCUUUGGAGGACCUGGGGCCCGAAAGCUUGCUGGAUGAUGUCCACACUCAGAAGCUAAACAAACAGAAACUGUACACAGGUCCAGUUCUGAAGUUCCAGUUCUGCAUAUCCUGAGGGUACAGUAAGGUGUUCCAGGAGUACUCCCGGUCGAUAAACCAGCUGUACCCGGACAUCAAAAUUGAGGGAGAGAACUACCCUCCUAAACCAAUUAACAAGUACAUGGCAAACUUCAUUUCUUAUUUUAAACUGCUCGCCAUUGCCCUGAUUGUGACUGGACAAAAUCCUUUUCAAAUGCUUGGGAUGGAAACGCCUAGAGUGUGGUCGUGGGGCCAAGAGAAUAAGAUAUUUUCCUGUCUCAUGGCAUUCUUCCUCAGUAACAUGCUGGAAACUCAUUUCCUCUCCACGGGAGCAUUUGAGAUCACAUUAAAUGAUGUUCCAAUUUGGUCCAAGUUGCAAUCAGGAUAUGUGCCCAACAUCCAGGAGCUUUUCCAAAUUCUUGAUAAUCACCUAAAAAUGAAUCAGGUGGACAAGUUCUCCUUUCCUGCAUCAUAGUGCUGUUGUUCAAGCAGAGAGAUGAGUCUCUGGGACUGUUUCUCCUGUCAGCGGGACUGUGGACCGUGGCUUUAUGAAGGUCUGCACUGAAAACAGUUUGCUGUGAGUGCAGACUGGAUCCCUCUCCCACUACACACACUUCCACUGCCUGGUGAAACACUCCUCCAGCUAAGCUCCAUCUCAUUCUUCUUGUUCAAACAUUUAUCUAUAUGCAUAAAAUUGUAAAGAAACAACUCGGACUAUAUGUACUGAUAAGAUAGCAAAUACAGAAGUUUUGGUAGAAGGAAAAGCCGCAUAGGCUGCUGUCAUCUUUGUCUGUCCUCUUUUUUUUCUUUUUUCUUUUUGCGUUUGCUAAAAUCUGGAUGAAAUGUUCCAUUUCUCUCAAGGGCGACUGUGAUUUUAGUUUAUUUGUCUUAAACUCUUCAAACAAUCCAUUGAGUGUUGGUUUACACUACUGUAGAUGUAUACUGUACAUGCUCUGUCUAAUUUCAGUCAGACUUUUUGUGAAGAGAGCUGUUUGCCAUCCUAGAAUUUACAAAGUUAGUCAAGGCAGGCUAAACCUUUUAAAGUGCUUGAAUGUGUAUUUUUAUGUAUUCACAGCAGAGUUAGUUCUAAUGUUCCACACUUUAAACUUAAGAUGCUUUACAAGUUGAAAUGUGAACAGGAUUCUGCUAUUAGAUGAACCCUUCAAGCUAUUUAUUAUUGCACUGCCACCAAACUCUUAAACUUCAGGUGUUGGAGACUGCCAUAGUAUGAAUGACAGUUACUGCAGUUGUUACGAGUUUAUUCUCCAGGAGUGCUUAUUGAACAUAACACUGUAUAUCAGAAGCUUGAUUAGAAUGGUACUGUUUAUAAAAACUACUCCUAUUUUUUUUCCCAUAACCCUUUAUUUUGAUGAAGCUUUGUUUCUGUGGAUUCAUAUCUUGGGUGACCUUUCUUUGGGAUUUAGCAAGGUGAAAUUUUCUGCCUUUUCAAAAGUGAUGUAGA